AUGCCUCCCCAAGUCCCAAGGAACCUCCUGCGAGCAGCCCGCGCUCGGGCUGUCUUCCAGUCCACCAGGCCCUGCCACCGCGCCUCUCCCAUCAGAUUCCAGUCCACCGAGGCUGUUCGGCAAACCCCCUCAGAGGGCAAGCCCAUCUACAACGCCCCACCCAGGGAGUUUACUCACCGCAAAGAGGAGAAGAUCCCUUCCUCCGCCUCGACACAAGCUCGUCGCGCGGUAGCAUCCCCUCUUAAGCUCAACACCCAGAACCUUGCACAGCUCCAGAAUGUCUCCAUUCCCACCUACAACCGACAAGGUGUCAAGCAGGGAAUCGUCCACGUUGGUGUUGGCGGUUUCCACCGCGCCCAUCUUGCUGCUUACGUCGACACGCUCCUCGAGCAAUUCAACGUACAGGACUGGUCCAUCUGCGGUGUUGACCUUCAGCCAUUCGCCGCUCCCAUGCGCGAUGCCCUGAAGCCCCAGGACAACCUCUACACCAUUAUUGAGCGCGCCGCCGAGGGCAGCAGUGCCCGUGUUUGCGGUGCCAUUACCGACUACAUGUUUGCUCCCGAUAACGCCGAGGCUGUUGUCGCCAAGAUGGCCCACCCCGACACUCACAUUGUUUCCAUGACCGUCACCGAGAGCGGCUACUACAUGAACGAGAACACCCACGAGCUCCAGACCGACCACCCCGACGUCGCCGCCGACUUGGCUGGUGGACAGCCACCCCACACCGUCUUUGGUUACCUCUACGCCGCCAUGGCCCGCCGCCACGCUGCUGGCCUCCGACCUUUCACUGUUCUUUCUUGCGAUAACAUGCAGAAGAACGGUGACAUCAGCCGUGACAUGCUUGUCUCCUUUGCUCGUCACUUCAACCCCGAGGUUGCCGAGUGGAUCGCCAGCAACGGCGCUUUCCCCAACUCCAUGGUCGACCGCAUCACUCCCCGCACCAAUGAGGAGGACAAGGUCAGCCUUGCCCAGCAGUUCGGUGUUGAGGAUGCCUGGCCAGUCGUCACCGAGCCCUUCCACCAGUGGGUGCUCGAGGACAAGUUUGUUGACGGCCGCCCUCCCUUUGAGAAGGCCGGUGUCCAGAUUGUCCCCGAUGUCCACAAGGUCGAGGAGUACGAGAUGAUCAAGCUCCGUCUCCUCAACGGAUCCCACUCUGCCAUGGGCUACGCCGGUCAGCUCGCUGGCUUCAACUACAUCCACGAGGUCAUUGGCCACCCCGUGUACCGCCAGUUCAUCAUCAACAUGAUGCAGCAGGAGGUUAAGCCUCUCCUCCCCCAGAUCCCCGGUGUCAGCGUCGACGACUACUGCAACACCCUCCUCGGUCGUUUCUCCAACCCCACCCUCAAGGACGAGCUUCCCCGUAUCUGCCUCGGUGGCAGCGGCAAGAUCCCUCAAUUCAUCAUGCCCAGCAUUGCUGAGCAGAUCAUUGCCGGUGGUCCCCUCCGCCGCCUCACCCUUGUAGCUGCCGCCUGGUUCCGCUACAACAACGGUGUCGAUGAUGCCGGCAAGGCCUUCAAGGUCGACGACCCCAUGGUCGAGGAGCUUCAGGCCCACGCUGCACAGGGCCCCAUGGCUCAGCUCAACAUCAAGAGCUUGUUCGGUGACGAUCUCCGCAACGACAAGCGCUUCGUUUCCGAGCUCCAGACUGCUCUCGAGGGUCUCGAGAAGCACGGCGCCAUGGCCAUGAUUGAGAAGUAUGCUUAA